CACCCACUCUUUCCUUCCCGCAUCUUCCCCUGCACGCUUCCCCCCUCGUACCGCCAAAUUUUUUGGAGCGCAUCUCCUGCUCUCCAAACCCGCCGCCCCGCUUCCAAAAUUCCCCAAUCCGCACGCGAAAAAUCCCACACGAUUCGGUGCCAAUCUCCACAGAUUCACUCGAGGGAGGUGAGGCGAUGCCUUCGACGAGCAAAUGCAACCGCAUCAGCCGCGUCGCCGAUGAGGAGGAGGAGGAGGAGAUCGUUGCCGUCUCCUCCGACGCCGACGAAUCGGAGUCAGAGUCGGAGGUGGGGAGUGGAGCGGAGGAGGAGGAUGACGACUACGUGGGGGAGAGUAGUGACUCGGCCGGCGGCAGCGGCAGUGGCAGCGGCGACGGCGACGGCGACGAGGAAGGAGGUAGGAGCGACAUUGGCGAUGGCGAGGGCGAGGGCGGCGGGCGGCGAGUUCGGAGCGCGUGUCGCGGCGUGAGAGCGAACGACCGGGAGAGGAAAUCGCAGAAUGUGGAUGCCCUCGUCAGGGGAAAUCUAGUUGUAAGAAGGCAGCCACUUAUUCCACGUAUUCUUUCGGUUUCUGAUGCGGCAGCAAUAGCUCGAAAGCCAUUCAAACCUCCCUGUCAAAAUGGAUACAGUGAAAAUAAUGAGCAACUUGCUCGGCGCCUUUCAGCUCGUAAAAGAUUUGUCCCAUGGGGUUCGGUGCAGCCAUUUGCAGUUACAAAUAUUCUUCCACAAUCACCUGCUGUUUCUAGUGAUGAUUCCGUAGAAAAUGAGGAAUCCCUUCCACCAGGCAUAGAGCCAUUGAUUUUGUGGCAACCCGAGGGGCGUGACAAGGAAAACAGCAAUUUUUCUGCAAUCAAGGUUGAUCACUUGCUUGUACGUUACCUCCGACCCCAUCAAAGGGAAGGAGUUCAGUUUAUGUUUGAUUGUGUAUCUGGGUUGUUAAAUGAUGAUGGAAUAUCUGGUUGCAUUUUAGCUGAUGACAUGGGAUUGGGGAAGACUUUACAGUCGAUAACUUUACUAUACACCCUUCUUUGCCAAGGAUUUGAUGCUAAGCCAAUGGUUAAAAGGGCUGUCGUCGUAACCCCCACAAGUUUAGUUAGCAACUGGGAAUCUGAGAUAAUUAAAUGGUUAAAAGGCAGAGUGCAGUUGCUUGCUCUUUGUGAAAGCACACGCGCUGAUGUUCUUUCUGGAAUUGAAAGUUUCUUAAAACCUUUGAGCCGUCUUCAGGUACUCAUCGUAUCUUAUGAGACAUUCCGCAUGCAUUCUUCAAAAUUUGAAAGGCCGGGAAGCUGUGACCUCCUCAUAUGUGACGAGGCCCACAGGCUGAAAAAUGAUCAGACCCUAACCAAUAAAGCCUUGGCUGCCCUUCCUUGUAAACGGCGUAUCCUGUUAUCAGGCACCCCAAUGCAGAAUGAUCUGGAGGAGUUCUUUUCAAUGGUAAAUUUCACAAACCCAGGAGUUCUGGGGGAUGCUACAUAUUUCCGCAGAUAUUAUGAAGCACCAAUCAUUUGCGGAAGAGAGCCCACAGCAAGUGCAGAAGAAAAGAACUUGGGAUCUGAGAGAUCUGCAGAGCUCAGUGCAAAAGUAAAUCUGUUUAUAUUGAGACGGACGAAUGCCCUGUUAUCCAAUCACUUGCCACCAAAGAUCGUUGAAGUAGUGUGCUGCAAGUUGACUGCUUUGCAAACUGCGCUGUACAACCACUUCAUACAUUCAAAAAAUGUUAAACGCUUGAUAUCUGAAGGAACAAAGCAAUCCAAAGUUUUGGCUUAUAUUACUGCUCUUAAGAAGCUAUGCAACCAUCCAAAGCUGAUCUAUGACACCAUAAAAAGUAAUAAUUCAGGGGGCUCUGGUUUUGACGACUGCCUGCGCUUUUUUCCUCCUGAACUGUUUUCGGGAAGAUCUGGAUCAUGGACCGGUGGAGGAGGAAUGUGGGUAGAACUGUCUGGCAAAAUGCAUGUCUUAGCUAGAUUACUGGGGCACCUCCGUCUGAAAACUGAUGAUCGUAUUGUUCUUGUAUCAAAUUAUACCCAGACAUUGGAUCUGUUUGCACAAUUAUGUCGGGAAAGGAGAUACCCGUAUAUUAGGCUUGAUGGAGCAACAUCCAUUAAUAAAAGGCAAAAGUUGGUGAACCAAUUCAAUGAUCCAUCCAGAGAUGAGUUUGUCUUUCUACUUAGUAGCAAGGCAGGUGGCUGUGGGCUUAAUUUGGUUGGUGGAAAUCGAUUGAUUCUCUUUGAUCCCGAUUGGAACCCUGCCAAUGAUAAGCAGGCUGCUGCUAGAGUAUGGAGAGAUGGACAAAAAAAGAGAGUGUACAUAUACAGGUUCUUAAGCACAGGAACCAUUGAGGAGAAGGUAUAUCAGCGUCAGAUGUCGAAAGAAGGUCUCCAAAAAGUUAUUCAGCAGGAACAAGCAGAUGGCAAAAUGCAGGGGAGUUCUCUUUCAACAGAAGAUCUGCGUGAUCUUUUUACCUUCCAUGAACAAAUCAGGUCUGAAAUACAUGAAAAUUUGAAGUGCAAUCGCUGUAACAAGGAUGGAUGUAUGGUUCUCGAUGGUAGCAAAUUUGAUUCAGCAGCCACUGAGCAUGAGGCUUCUAACUCAGGAGAGAACAGUUACAUUGAUAUUGGUGGAUUUGGAGCGAUCUCUGGAUGUGUGCAGAAAAUGAAUAGUUCGAAUCAACAGAUUGGAAGUCCUUCUGAAGAAGAUUUAGGAAGUUGGGGCCAUCAUUCUGAUCCAUCAACUGUACCUGAUACUAUACUCCAGUGUUCUUCUGGUGAUGAGGUUUCUUUUGUUUUCACAAAUCAGAUCGAUGGGAAACUUGUUCCAGUUGAAUCUAUGGCGCGAGCUGCAACUCAUCGAACACAUGAAGUGACUGUUAAUGCAGAAAAAGAAGUGGGAAAAAUCAAUUCUUCUAAUGUACCUGGAACCGAACGGCAAUCUCUACUUGGAAAAAAUCUGAAGAUGAUGGGAUUCAAUUUAAAGAAUUCGUCUAUGAAAUUCCCAACUAAGUCCAGAAGAAUGCUGCCAAACUGUUUGCAAGGGAUGAACAAAACCAGCACAUCUUCAGAUCAUCAACAAACUAAAAAGCUUCAUGUUAUUUCUGAUGCGUCUGAUGAUGAUUUUGUAUGAAUGUGGUGGAACUCAAGUCUGAACA